AUGCACCCCGAAAGCCACGCAACCGUCGACCACGACGGAUCCAUCCAUCCAAUGUACUCUGAAAGCUGCCGCAUCGCCGACCCCAACGAGCCCCCGCCAGCUUACGAGCCGCCUUGUGAGAAUCUCGAUUCUUCCCAGGUGCAUGAGCUUCCGAGUGAUCGCCCUGUUGCCGAACUUCCCGCAGGGCCUUUACCUGUGGAGCUAGAAAGUCCCAUGCAGCCAAGCGCCAAUUCGAGCUUUGUUACCAGCCAAACGUGGCUCGGAUAUCCAGUCCACGAGUACGAUAGCGCUUUCGAGCAUGCUGCACCCCAGACGCCAGAUAAUCUCGAAAAUUCCAGGCUGCCUUGGAGUCUAAACACCCAACAGUACUUCGUUCCGGAUCCUGGUAUGACAAGCUGCCAACAGUCCCAAAAUUCAUCGCCCAUCUCGCUUGACACGCCUGGUACUGACGUAAGCUACGGCAUGCAGUUUUCGUCUGGCAUUGAGGUCCAAAGGAGCAUGGGGUUGCCUCAUGAGAUUCAUUCACCUUCGCAAAGCUCUUGGGCCACGCCCACCAUGUCGCCCAUGUCGUUAAACCUCGUUUCGCAGAACCACUGUGCAUUGUCUUCCAGCGUGAGUCUUGCUGAGCAACCGCAUUAUUUCGCUCAAGGCUCAGGUGUUGAGCGUCCCGCAUUCCAUGGCGGAAAUCAUGUGGGAUAUUCCCCGUCGCCAUACUCCAGUGGAUCGGAAACCUGCAUUGCCAGCAGCAAUGUAUCGCUUGCGACAGGCAGCUCCAUCAAAGCCCCUUUCUCGCAAACAUGGGACCAGUCGAGCAUCUUGCCUGGUAUUCAUGAAUACCAGGGGCAUCGUGCAUGGCAGCACCAACUCGAAUACGACCUUCAAACAAGCAAUACCAAGAUUGCGAACCACCCGACGAUGAGAGCGAGCCCAUCACGACCUCCGCUGCAUAUCGGCCAAUCGUAUAAUCAGCGACAAUCGCCACAGCCCUACGCAGCGCGUGAAGAGCAACAAUUGACCGAGGUCAAUUCAAACCCCGAAACCCGGGAGGAAGCGGAUGCCAGCAUCAUCCACUGCAGCAAAUGCGAUAAAGCUUUUCGUGGCAAAUAUCGCAAAGGCAAUUUGAAAAGACACGAUCUCGCUUUCCACAACCCGCUGGCGUCGGCCGUGGGAAAGGCAUGUCGUGUUUGCAAGCGAGCCUAUAACCGAGCAGACGCCACCAAGAAACACGAGUGGAAGAAACACCGUUUGCCCGAUGCGAGGCCAAAGAAACGGAAUGCAAACUAG